AUGUCUGCCAAUUCUGUUCAAAAUCCAGGUAGUACUGACACGACACAAGUGGCACCAUUGAAUGCAGCUGCAGCAGAGAUAGUAUCAGGAAAGAAGAGAAAGGUGUCUGGAAAGGGGGUAGAGGGCAAUGCACCCAAGAGAUCAAAGGUUGCAGAUAAUAAGAAUGAAGAUGAGAGUAACAAGGAAGACAGUGAGGACCAAGACAAAGGCAAGGGCAAAACACGACAAACCUAUACCUGCAGGACGCGACAAAAGACUGGAAAUUCUGACAAUGUUGAGCCAGUAGCGAGUAGUGCUGCUGACAUAGCAAUACAAAAGCGCAAAAAUGCUGCGAACGUGAUCGCACUGGAAGAACUGCGCUUGAAAAAAGAGCGCAACCUGUACGACACUCAAAUGGCUAGUUUGAAGCAUGCAGAAGAUCAGGAACGACUCGCUCACAGUCGCUAUCUGAGCAUUGCCAAGGUUGCAGUUCUGGAGCAGCAAGCUGAACAUCUUCAUCUACAGAAUGUGCGACUGGUGGCCGAGAUGAAGGCUGCAGGUCAAUUGCCGCAAAACUUUCAGCCUCUAGCAGUGCGAUACGUCAGCAAUGAACUGAUGCAGAUUCCUCCAGUCGUGCUGCCCAAGCUAGACUAUGACUUUCAAUUGAUCAACAUGGCAUCCACCAGCACAGGCCUACCUACUUUGAACUCUGUUUCUCUACCGACUCAGCUUACGGGUACCCGAGCGACUGGAAUGACUGGCUAUUUGAUGGCGGAUGAUGGACAGCUCACUCUAGGAGAAAUCCCUGGCGUAUCCUCACACAGCAGUGGCAAUAUGUUUGCUGGUGAUGACUAUGGGGCAAUGGCCAAACAAUAUGCGCAGACUCCGAUGAUGAUCCUUCCCCAGUACGAUCAGUGGCCUGCAUUCGACACUACAUCCUUGAUGACAUCUGGCACCAACAAUACUGCUGCAGAGACUGGAGGCCUGCCCAGUGCAUAG